AAACUCUAGAAACCACAACUCCAUUGGAAAAUUCCCUUAUUUUUCAUUCUGUAAAUAAGCUCUGUAUCCAUUUCUGAAUUGUCAGUUGUUUGUUAAGUGUCUCUGUCUCUCUGGGUGCCUCCCAGUGAACCCCGGCCAGCCCCGGGUCAGCAGACCCGAUCUUGGAUGCAGCCUGGUCUUGGACACCCCCAGGGAUGGCGCAGCCAUUGCUGCUCCAGGCACCCUGUGCCAGGGUCUCACCACCCUCACUGAGGAGCAUUUAUUCCUCACACCUAAAUCAGCGGCCUAUUCUGAAGUAUCCAGCAUAUAUUCAGAAGUUUGCAAGAAGAAACUGACACAGCUUUUCAGUGACACAUCAAACAUAAUUCCCAAGCAAAACCUUCCUCUGCUGUUUUGUAUUGUUAACUAUGGAGUUGCCCCAAGCUGCUCUGUGGCACUGGAAGUUAAAGAACUUCUACUUUUUUAACUUAAACUUUUUUAAGUUAAAAAACUUCCUCUGCUGUUUUGUUUUGUUAAUUAUGGAGUUCCCACAAGCUGCUCUGUGGCAAUGGAUUUUUUUUUUCCCUAAGUGAAAUAGCAUGCUUUUUGAAUUUAUCCCUUUGUGUGCUAGUAAGCUAUUGAUACAUAUUUUAACAGAGGAAUAUUUCAUAUUCAAAAUCUUCAGCAUUCUCAAGUGACAGUCUUCAGAUUUAGUUUUUUCUUCUCCUAGAUGUGACUUCAGAGUAAUUUAAAGAAGUUUUAAAACUUUAGAAUGAUGUGGAAGUGACAGAAAACAUUGUGAUUCUGUUAUGAAACAACAAUUUUUUUCCUGUUUAUUAUGAUAUUUUGGUGUAAGUUGCAAUAAUAAAAAGAAGGAUGUUAUGAAAAACUAUUUUCUUAGUUCUCAGGGCUACAUUUUAAUGCAAAUAUUCUGUGCAAUUUGUGAAAGACUUAGCAGCCUUUAACACAGUAAGUGUUCUAUUAGGCAGGCAACCUUGGAUAUUUGAUCUACUUAAAAAAUCAUAGUAUUUUCAUGUAUCUCCCAGGGAAUUGUGUAGAAUUGUUUUGAAGAGAAGCAGAGUUUGUAAUCUUCUUAGAAUGUAGCUCAAUCUGCACAAACAUAACAUUUUCUUACUGGUGUUCUGAAAACUCUGACAAUGGAUAUUCUACUCUAUUUAUAUAUAUAUUUAUUUCUCUACAAUAGUCAGGCUUGGAGGACUAGCAAUACAAUUCUAUUGUCUAAAGCUGAUGUCAAACAGCAGUCGUGGUAAUUGUUCAUGUUGGUAGCAUGAGUGGUUAAAAAAAAUCAAUAUUUUAGUAGGUUGACAAGUAAAGCAUGCCUCUGCUAGAGGCCAUGAUGGUUUUAUGAUAUAGAAGAGAAUCUUUGAAGCUUAUCAAGUAAAAAUAUAUAUGGUUAACUGUGUUCUUAAUUCUCCACAGUUUAUAGACUUAAAAAACUGCAUAUAGGAUGCAAUGAGUUCAGACAACGUCAAUUCCAGAGAAGAUAAACGAUAUCUCGCUAUGAAAAAGAAAUAAUAAAAUUAAGGUUGGAAAUUCAGAGAGGAGAUCUUCGUAGACAUCUGGAGAGUGCAAUGUCAUUUGCUAGACAAGAGGCUCAAAUACAGAUGUAUUCUACAGAGAAUGAGCUGUGUGAUGUAAAAAGCAAGGUUUUGGAACUUCAAGUACUCAGUGACAAACAUCAGCAGAAAGCAGCUGAGACUGAGAAAAUGGUUCAAAGUGCUCAGCGGCGGUGGGAAGAGGAGCAACAAAGAUUUGCUGUGGAGAGGGAUACCAUCUACAAAGUACACCUAUCUGAACUGGAAUUCCUUUUGAAAGAAAAAGCUGGAGAAGAAAUGGCUUGUCAGAAAACUAAUGUUGCCCUGCAAAGGACAGAGAGGAUGCUUAAGAAUGUGGAGGCAGAGCAGCAUGGCUGCAGCAAGAUGCUGAAGGUCCAGGCCAGCCGUCUGGAUUUCAAGGCCAAACAGCAGGAGAGGCUCAUCCAAGACCUGAAGGCAGCUGCAGUGAAAAUAAAGGAAUUGGAGGACAAUGCUGCAGCAGCAAGACUAGCACAUAUAGACUGUAAAUACACUACAGAAAUCAUGCAGUUGAGAAUUCAGGAACUUGAAACCAUUUUGAGGGAAAACCAACUUGGGACGAGAGGUUUUUCAGGGGGAGCAUGGAAUAAUUCCAGAGAGUCAGAAAAUGCACAGGAGAGAGGAAAAAAAGGUUCAUGAAGACAGCAUUCAUCCUCAAGUGUGCAAUGGAAAGACCAGGUUGAAGAAAGGAACAAAGCUGAAGAAUCCUCUGAGAUAUUUGUGAAUCCUCCAGCCAGCUUAACCCUCAGGAAGGCUCAAUAGUGGACAGGUCCAUCCUCCUGAACUUGUACCAGAGCAUGGCAAAUGCCCACGUGCUUGCCAAACAGACAAAUGCCCCCCUGGAAGAGUUACCUUGGACAGAGUUUUGUGCACUCUUGCAUGAGAAUGUUGAAGCCCUGAUCUUGAACUUCCACAAGGCUAACAAGAGGAGAUAUCUCAUCUAGAGUACACUUGCAAGCACCAGGCUGACGCUAUGAAUGAACUUCAGCAGAGUCAGAAGUAUGCUUUUGAAAAAAUGUCUGAACAGUUAAAAGCACAGGAACAUUGGUGGCAGAAAGAAAAGCAAUAUCUUGAACAGCAGUACUCAAAUGUCCUUGCAGAAGUUCAUACAAGAGCACAGGAAUGUGAAGAAACGGCCCACAAAAACAGGGGGAAACUGUAUGGCCUUGAACAAAUCUGCGAGCAACUGGCCCAGGAAAACAAUUCCAUGAAAAAUACAUUAUUAGAUGCUUUCAAGGCAUGCUCAUCCCGCUGGCAGCCUGUGCGCUGCUGUCAGGGGCCCUGUGUCCCCUCUACGGCCGACUGAGCGCUAUGUCUUGCCAAAGAGACAUUCUCCAGGAGCAGGUGAACCAGCACCAAUUAUUGAACCAGAAGAUCAUCAGGCUCCUUUGUGGUCUCCCUACUAUGGUGGAAAGCAACCAAGAUGAAGGCAGGCUGAGGCAGAGAAGAGCCAAGAGCCUGGUUUACGUGUUCCGAAGGGCUGUGAUUGCAGUUCUGGCUGCUAACAGGCUGAGGGCUCUGGCCAGAUAUUCUUGUACCUUUUCCGUCUGGACAGAUGGCUCCAGAGGAAGCAAUGGAAUUCAAGUUUGUGUGGGAGAAUCCAGAGGCAGGCAUCAUCUGCCGCGUUUUGGAGAGGGAAGAGUUGACUGUGAUGAAGCAGUCGGGUGGCUGACUAGCUCUAACCUCUGUACUGCAAUAGUCACUUCCAUCUCUGAACUGGAGGGUGCUCUCAUCAUUCAAGAUCCAGGCUCCUGGCUUUCUAAACACUCACUUAUCAGUACAGCCAGGAGCUGCUUUGCAAAACUGAUGGGCAACCUGAGCAUACUGAUGGAGACAGCUCAAGGGAGCAUUCACGGGUGCAGAGCUUACCUGGAGAGGGACUCCCUGAUACAGAGGCUGGCUCGUGGGCUCAACAGAGUAAAUGCCCAGGCCCUGGAAGCUGGAUUGUAUGACAGACUGCCCAGCACAAGAAACAUAGCAAUCUUGCAGCAAGAAAUAUUUGAAUUUUCAUGAAGGCUUAAUGUGUAAGAUGUAGAGUCCCACACACUGCACCUGCAGCUUUCAGAAUGCAGAUGGACUUUCAAUGAGGUACAAAAAGAUGCUGAAAAAGCCCAGAGUCUGCAAAAGCAACUAAAUUAACUUCAACAUAGAAUCAACGAAGACAAUAUACGCAAGGAGUUAGAGAAUGCUUUGCAGCGUGAGCACGAGGCAAGGUUGCUUCUAGAAGAGCACCAGCAACGGCUUCAGGAGCUGAGUAGCAGACUGGAAUCACUCUCAUUUACUGAUGUAGAUAAAAGCCAAGCGUCCAAUUUAUCUCUGAUGAGCCUCCCUAAUGCAAUGGAGGAGCUGAGGAAAAGAGAGCAAGUCCUGGAUCACCAGAAGAGACUCCUGAAAGACAUGGAGCAAGACCAGCAGCAGCUGUGGAAGGCUCUCCAGGAGGCAGAAUUUGCCCUUGAUCAGGGAGUAAAAGACAAAGAGUUGAUCAUUAAUCACAUGAAAGCUGUGGAGGCUGCCCUGAAUGAGGCCAGAGAGCAGGCCAUGGCAUCACGUGCUGCAGCAGCCGCGCCACUCCCCAGCCUGCGGCUGGAGACCCUUCCAGAGGAAGCAACAGCAGGCAGACCAGAGGCUGCAUCAUUCCAGCACGUGCUUAGAAAUUUUGUGACUCUGUACUCACUGGCAUCUUCCAAAGUUGACGCAUUAUCAGGAAGGGACUCUCUGCAGUUUCAAUUUCAACCCAUAACAGCUGUUCAGGCUCUUACUCCUAGUGAAGAUCAAAGCUGGGGAGAGCCAAGAAAGACAAUGGAUACUUCGUUUGGGAGUGACUCAGGCUCCAGUAUGCCAUCCAGCAUAAGCUAUCCUUCCUCUGGAAGUGACUCAGGCUACUUCAGCAUGUCACCCAACAGAACCUACACUGUGUCUGGAAGCGACCUAUCCACCGAUUCCUUCCGGCGUCCCCAAGGACCCAUUUCACCUCGUGGUCCUAUUCCUGCUGGUGAUGCUCUUUGUGCACCUCCAGCUCGUGCUCCAGCUCGUGCUCCUCUUCCUUCUCCUCCUCCUCCUGCUGGGCCUUCUGCCUUUCUCUUUCAACCCCAAGGAGCCAGUACGCCUCGUGGUCCUCCGCCUGAUGGUAAGUCUGCUUUUCAAGAAAUUAUACUCACUUGGAUAUGGGUUCAGAGACAGCAUCCACCUUCAUGCUGCACAGCUUCUGUAGGCAAACACAACAGCGCUUUAGUAGAAUGGCUUUGGAGCAACACAUCUAGUGCAAACAGACAUCUUCAGAGACAAUUUUCAGACAACAAAGGGGUGGUGUAACUAACAUAGGAAUUAAAGUUUUUUCCCAACUGUACAAGUUUGU